AUGUUUAUUGGUAUUACUGGUAAUGGCGGUGUUUUAAUUGCAUUUACGAAAAAUCGACGACUUCGUUCAGCUCGAAAUAUUUUUUUGCUCAAUUUAAUUAUAACUGAUUUAUUACUUUGUGUUACCGCAAUACCUGUAACACCAUGGUAUGCGUUGACAAAGAAUUGGACAUUUGGUGCUUUGAUGUGCCGUUUAAUGCCUCUCUCAAAUUCAUGCUCUGUAUUUGUAACAAGCUGGAGUUUAACAGCUAUAGCAAUCGAUAAGUUUGUGCAUAUUAUGGGUCCGAUUCGUGCACCAGUAUCCAUCGGUCAAGCAAGUCUAGUUACUGCUUUUAUCUGGGUGGUCAGUACAAUGAUCAAUAUACCAUAUCUUAUGAGCUAUGAGCUUGUUGAUGGCGCAUAUUACGUACCAAAUAAUACCGCACCAUUUUGUGGCCUUUUUUGUGAUGAAAUUAAUUGGAAUGGUGAAACACCUCGACGUCUUUAUGGAUCAGCUGUUGUUUUAUUGCAGUUUGUUAUUCCAUUAACAAUUAUCACUUAUUGCUAUACUCGAAUAUUAGCAAAAGUAGCCAGUGAUAUGAUUAUUCAAAAUGUACAAUUCCGUAAAAGCUUAUCAACUGCUCAACGUGAAGAAGCAACAAAUCGAAGGAAAAGAGUUAAUUAUAUACUUAUUGGUAUGGUAAUUGCAUUUAUUGGUUGUUGGCUACCACUUACUGUCGUUAAUGUCCUCAAAGAUUUCAGAUUGGAACCAUCAUUCCUCCUGGAACAACCAUUUUUUUGGCCAUUAGUAGCUCAUGUAAUUGCAAUGUCAACGGUCAUUUGGAAUCCACUUUUAUUUUUUUGGCUAACAAAGAGGAAAAAAGCGCAAACACAAACGCCUCGUUUUAGUGUCUCAUUAAAUGUCUUUGGUACAACAAUUUCACGUAUUAACUCAAUGCAACGUAAAUCAUACAAUUCGACGUACAAUUCUGCUGGCACAUUAAAUAGAGAAUCACCUAAUAGAAAUGAAACGCCAAAAUCACAUCUCAGGAAUGGAUUAGCAAAUACGAAGAAUUAUUUAUCCGUAAAAACGGAACGACUGAUAUGA